AUGGGGAAUAAACAGACCAUCUUUACAGCACAGCAGCUAGAUGCCUACCAGGACUGUACAUAUUUUACAAGAAAGGAAAUUCUCAGACUGUUCGACCGCUAUCGGGAUUUGGCACCGCAGCUCGUUCCCCUUGACUACACCAGCCACCCAGAUGUGAAGUUACCAUAUGAGCUGAUUGGCAGCAUGCCAGAGCUGAAGGACAACCCAUUCCGUCAGAGGAUCGCUGAGGUUUUCUCCGAGGACGGAGAAGGAAACAUGACACUAGACGACUUCUUGGACAUGUUUUCAGUCCUGAGCGAGAUGGCUCCGCGUGACCUCAAGGCCUACUACGCUUUCAAAAUUUAUGAUUUCAACAACGACGACUUUAUCUGCAAGACAGACCUGGAGAAGACGCUGAACAAACUGACCCGUAACGAGCUGACGGAGGACGAGGUGAGGAUGGUGUGUGAGAAGGUGAUAGACGAGGCCGACCUGGACAACGACGGACGUCUGUCGCUGGAGGACUUCCAGCACAUGAUCGUUCGAGCUCCAGACUUCCUCAGCACCUUCCACAUAAGGAUUUAAAGAAAUGAAGCAAUUUGUGCAUUUCUUGAACUUCAUGGACUUAUAAUUCUGCAGAAUGUCUGGAAAGUGGAGGAAUCCUGACAUGUCAACCAGAA